GCCGGAAAGAUCAAAUUAGGUUAAAUUGCUGUUAUUUGAGCAAAAGUAACUGUUAAUUUCUUCAUCUCUCUCUUUGUAUGUACGUAAAAUGCCGUCAGCUUCGCAAUUGCACAUGUGGGCUCUAGGACUCGGCACGGUGAGCGGCGCGAUACUGUAUUAUUACAACACGCACGGCCAUGCGGAUCCGCUACGUGUAUACAAUUCGUGGACGACGAAUUAUACACCCUCGAUGAAGUGGGACCACAACUGGGAUAGGCGGGAUCCAAAAAGCUUGGUAAAGCCGAUGCAGAUAAAGGAUGAGAACGACGAGAACAAGUACAAUGAAAAAUUUGAAGCAAAGAGAGCAAAGGCUGUGCGACACAUACUCUUGAUUCGUCAUGGACAGUAUCAUACGGAUGGAAAAACAGAUGUUGAGAGAAUGCUGACUGAACUUGGCAGAAAGCAAGCUGAAGCAACGGGAAAGAGGUUAGCAGAAUUAAACUUGCCUUACUCAUUGAUAGUAAGGUCUACAAUGACACGCGCUUUGGAAACUUCUCAAAUUAUAGAAAAGAGUCUUAUAAAUGUACCAGUUGAAGAUGAUAGUUUGUUAAUCGAAGGUGCACCUAUACCUCCGGAACCACCUAUUGGUCAAUGGAAAUCUGAGAAACAUUUCUUCCAAGAUGGGCCCAGAAUAGAAGCAGCAUUUAGAAAAUAUUUUUAUCGUGCGGAUCCUAAUCAAGAUCAUGAUUCCUACACUGUUCUUGUGUGUCAUGCAAAUGUCAUCAGAUAUUUUGUUUGUCGAGCGUUACAGUUUCCACCAGAAGCUUGGCUACGAAUAUGCUUGAAACAUGGAAGUAUUACUUGGCUUUGUAUUCUUCCUAGUGGCAGAGUUACCCUCUUUUGUCUAGGGGAUACUGGACACAUGCUACCACAAAAUUUAACAUCUAGCUAAAAACGUGUGGCUUAAAUGAUACCUAGGUUGAUCACUGAUAUAUACAUAUAAGAUUGCAUUCCAUGUGAUGUAUAAAUCUAUUUGAUAUCAUCUUUUUCAAGGAAAUAAUUCAUUUGUCAUGUGACUGUCGCGUUAAUGCAAUUGUAUACAAGAAAAAAUUCUUAUAAAUAAAAUAAUAAUAAGAACCGGA